CUCCAUUCCAUGCCCUCGAACAAAACGCGGAACGGUUUUCACUUUUUCUUCCACUCGGUCCACUCCUCUUUUCGAAAAUCCCAAAACACCCCGAUCCAGCCUUUAAUAUCCCCAACACAUCCCUUGUCAAAACCAGACCGUAUUCCUCAAGAAAAACCGAACCUUCCAUAGUUCCCUGCUCUGCUCCCACGAUAUAACCAGCACCUCCAUCCCACUUUCUCUCCAUACGACCAACCCAGAAGAAAUAUUUCUUUUCAGAAAGAGCUGACAAGAUUAAAGUGAUCGGAUGGGACUCAAGAAAACUAGAUUGAUUUCCUUCAAGAAGCUGAGGGCGGAGACCUUGAGAUGGAAGUUCUUCUUUGGGUCUUCGUUCAAGUCUGCGUUCAGGUGGAAGAGGCUGAAUCUGAAGCUAUCUUUUGUGGAUGACCUACUUUUCAGGAUUGCAUCCGUGUUCGAGGCUAUCGUUUUGGUUGCCAGGCUGUGUUUCUUCUAUCUCUGUUGCGGCUGCCAUUUUUGAAACUCUACGGUUUUGUUCUCUGACAUCUGUGUGCGUGUGCCCAUUUGACUCUGAUUUCUGUUAAUAUAUGCAUUCUCUGUUUUGAGAGAUGGAACAUGGGGGUGUGGAUGCGAGAUGGGGCUUGGUUCGAUGCCAAAACUACCCAAAAUGAAUGGCUAAUGUAUAUUUUUAUGUUCAAAUGUAAUGUUCGAGAAGCUUUUGUUCGUUGUCUCUUCUAUUUAUAAUUUAUGCCUGUGGAUUGGGUUGUUUUCCUUUUCUA